CGAUUAGAAGACUAAAGUGUGUUAUUAUUAUAAUUCGUUUGGUGUAGCAUUGAAAAUUUGUAGUAGACCAGAUGACAAAUAUCAUGUUUAAGAGUACUUUCCGGCCACCAAUAUCAGACCAGCAUAAACUUUCAAUAGCACUUAAAUUUUUUCCCUAUUACUUCCAAAUAGUACAAGUAGAGAUUCGUCCACGUGGUAAAUACGAAUAGUCGUACUAGGCAGAUGGGUAAAGUUUCCGUCAGAUGCAACCAAAACCAGUGAUAUCGCCCAUAAGUGACGAUUGAAGAUUUUUAAACUACCGUGCCGCUAUGUUUAUUCAUUCGAUAACAUUUUAAUGUUGCUUCAAUUUAUGUUCCUUGACCCAAUAUUGAUAUUUUAUGCAGAACUGAAACCAGUUAGAUGCAGAACAGAUUUAUUCAAGUAUCGUUUGUAGAUUCAGUUUUUUCAGUAUUUAUUGUUGAAUAGUAGAUGUAUUGUGACAGCUAUUUUGGAAAAGGUUACGUAAAAUUGCAGUAGUAGACGAAUCUCAAAACUUUUUACACUUUAGUCAGUGUUACAUUUCAGGGGCAUGGCUUAGCUACUCUUCCAGUUUGAACUUAGAUUGUUGACACAACUACCGCUCAUUGCUUUCCACUGUGUAUGGAGUUUUGGACUCUGGAGGACAAGAUGCUUGCAGGACAAGUCCACAUCUCGGAAGCUGGCUUUUCUUAUUUUUCUGUCUAAUGAGAGCUAUGCAAGAUUGUUGCCAUAUUAUAUUGUUGGAGACAGUCACCUGGGGACAUACACAUAACCUAGUAUAUGUAUGUCAUUCAGUGGCUGCUGCUGUUAUCCAACAUUUGUGCCGUCCAGAGUUCAGGAUGGAUGUGUCUCUUAUGUAUCUCAGCUUUCAAAUGUGUUAGGACUUUGGUAAGCUCUUACCUAGCGGCUAGAUUACCUUGAUUCUCACUGAUUUGCCACUGAUAUCACUGCCACACUUUCUAAAUGACACUAAUUUGUAUAUCUUCCUUAGACAUCACCUUUCAGUUUGGAGUAUUCCGUAAUCAGAAAUUUGACUCCACGUAGCCUGUUUUGUGAUAAUCAGAGUCUAACAUGAGCACACUCAUGUGAUGCCUAUACUUGUUGCUGUAAUGUUAGUCUUACGAAUGCAACACUCAUGGCAUCAUCAGUGCAGAAGAAGACCUUCAGACACAACCUCAUGGAAUAGUGUCCAUGACUAUGAUGAACAACAGCCGUUGCAGCACCCCCACACCUGAUGCAGAGCACUGUUAACUUGUUGGAUAGGACAGCUUCAAAGCGAAUGCCACUUUUCAUGCUCUUGUACACCCGUUUGACACAGUCAGGGAUAUCUCACGAAAUUCCGUAAAACUUAUGGAGUUCUCAAAGUUCCUAUGAGGAAGUGAAUUGUUCAGUGAUGGAAAGAAAUAUUGUGAAUUAUUUUAUUACAACUUACUCCGAGAUUCUGCUGUGGAAAAAAUCAGUUGUGGAAUAACAUGAGGAAAGGAAAAAGAACGAGAGAUUUCGCGACUUGGGCUAACAGGACCAUGGGGAAUGCUGCUAACACAUUUGUCUCAGGUAGCACUUGCUGAACGUUCCUAUGUUGAUUUAGGGUUUUUUGUAACAAAAAAUAAAGGCUUCCUACGCAAAGAUAACUCCCUCAAAUCAAUGUAUGACGGUUUACGUACAGAUCUGAGCCGUUUGGAAGAGCUGACGAGAUCAAGUGGGCCUGAUAAAACUGUGAAUACUGUUGCAAAUCAGCUGACACAAUUUUUAACAGCUCGCAUUGAACUAAUAGACUUAUAUGAAAAAAUGCAAGUAAUGGGAACUGGAAAGCAAAUGCAGUAUGAAGAGCUUGUCUCCCAUAUUGAAUGUAUUGUUGAAAAACAUUCUUUGUCAUUUCCACAUAUGGCUCUAACUUCCAUCAAAGCUGCUCUCAGUUUGGAGUGUGAAAUUCUCGACCAUUUGUUGCGUGCCCAAGUUGAAAUGCAAAUGUGGAGGUUUCUUCAGUCCCUAAUGCUACUUCAUGGUGCUAAUACUCGAUUGUUGGCAUGGGAAAAUAAACUCCAAAACAGAGAGUCAAGGAAACUAGGAUUUCUGAAGGCAAAUCAACUUCCUGCAGUGUUCCAAUGGUGUUUAAAACUGAAAGCCGCUUUUGUAUCCAAAUUCACUUUAUAUUUUUUUACAACAUUGGUUAAACAGACGUCAUUUGCUGACAUGAGACAACAGUGUGGUAAACUGUCCUGUGACUAUUAUCAAAAAAUUCAUAAUUUCCAGAGGCGUUAUGAUGCAGCUGCUGUCACUCUGUUGUUUGAUGCUACAGGUGUGGAAGAUUUCAAAGGCUCAGGCUACCAUCACCCAAAUAAACCUCUUGACCCUCCAACUGGUAUUGACUGCUACCAAAUAAUUUUCAGUCAUCCGGCUCAAAAACCUGUAAAUUACCUGCCAAUUAUUGUCAAUGUUAUACAAGAAAAUGCAGCUGAAUUGAUGGCAAUGGAUCAAGUGAUAUAUCAUUUCUGCCCAAGAGACAGGACAACAUAUUUCUUGUCCAGUGUUGAUCCACGAAUAACACUGGUUGUUAUUUUUGACUGUAAGAAAACAGAGAAGGAAACAAACAUAACAAAUUUUAUUACAGAUAUUAGCUCACAGCUACGCUGUAAUAAAGUGUUUGCCAACCUGAAGCCGUCAUCAAAAUAAAAUAGCACCAAUGUAUCAGAACAAGUUUUGCAUAUUGCAACAAUGGUGUAUGUGGAAGUAUGAUAAUUUGAACUGUUUUUAAUUCGAAAGUUACCAGUUUUACGCAGAACAUCUUUUGCCUUCAGCAAGUAAUUGAUGUACCUUUUAAUAAGAGUUAGUUUUAAUAAUGUUAAUGGCUGUGAUAAUUGUUUUUACAUAAUUAAAAGUUUAAUUUUACUACAGCAAACAUUCUUAUCUCUUGCAUACUUUUAUAAGAUUGUGUACAAAUGUAACAUAUUUUAUUGCUGGAUGUUAGCUUGUAGGUCUGCUCCAAUAAUUUCUUUGGUAGCUUCAAAGUCAAGACCAAAAAUUGAAAUAGACAUUAAACACACAUAAGUGGUGAACAUUGCUCCAGGUUAGAUAGAACCAGAUGUGUAUCCAGAACUGUCCAAUGUUCAACGGAACUAUUUGUUAAGUCAGUAAUCUUCAUGUAAAAUACUUUUUGAAUCUGCAUAUCACAAUUGGUGUAUGUUUUAAUAGGAAUUACUUUUAAUAUAUUGAUGGCUGUGGAAAAUAACCUUGAGAGAUUAAAGUUUUAUUUUAUUACUAUUAUGGAAUUUGCAGUGUACAUAUUGGAAUAAAUCUAAAUACAGUUAUUUUAAAAUU